CCGCUUAAGCUGGACUGAGGGGUGCAGGCGACCUAUUCUAUCUAGGUUUAUCUACCAGCUAGCUGCACAUUUUAGACUGUCAACCAUUUUUAAAUAAGAUCUGAAGGGAACAAAAGCUGGACAUGUCACUUGACAAAGUACUGCCCCUGAGGGCUCCACUGAUUGUUGCUUUGACUCUGUUGUCCUUUGAAGCAAUCUCCAUCGUUCAUGCCACCAGGAGUUUUGAAGAUAUACGAUGCAAGUGCAUCUGUCCGCCAUACAGAAACAUCAGUGGACACAUCUACAAUAGGAACGUGUCGCAGAAAGACUGUAACUGCUUGCACAUUGUGGAUCCAAUGCCUGUUCCGGGACAUGAUGUGGAAGCUUAUUGUCUGCUCUGUGAAUGCAAGUAUGAGGAACGCAGCAGUAACACAAUCAAGAUAACCAUAAUAAUCUACCUGUCCGUGGUGGGUGCCCUGCUGUUGUAUAUGCUGUUCCUGUUGCUUGUUGACCCACUCAUCCGCAAGCAUGACCCUUACAUACAGCCACUCCACAAUGAGGAAGAUGCAGAGGACAUUCGGACUCAGGCUGAGGCAGCCCAGGGUCGUGGGAGCACUGUUCUGGAGCGGGUUGAGGGGGCCCAGCAGCGCUGGAAGAAGCAGGUCCAGGAACAGCGGAAGACCGUGUUUGACCGUCACAAGAUGCUCAGUUAAGCUGCCAAGGCUUCCUAGCCCUGAAGUGCUUCUACUAAGCUCAUGCUUUAAACAAAGAUCUGGAUAUUAAGUAGCACUGGUAUUCUUAAGAAACAACAUGUCUCCAUUUGUCUGAUGUAAUCAACUACACUGGAUUGUGUAUUAAGUGUCUGGAAUUGAAUUUACACUUAAAUGCUCUUGUAGCUUAAUAGGGAAACUACUGCUACUUCAAUCUGGACUCUGGCUUUCAAGAAGUUUGCUUUUGUUGGUGUAGGGGUUUCUGGAGUGAUUGGUCAUAAACGUGGAGCCACCCUCACAUCAUCUCACCUCAUGGAACCACCAUGCAUUUGAUAUACAUCAUUUGGCAUUAUUUGCUAGUUAUAUUGUUAUUUGUAUUUAUCUACCUUGUUUUGCCAUUUAUUUUGAUAUGCUGCUACAAAUGAUGUUCACAUGGAGAAAAUAUCAACUUUAGGAUCACUUUGUUGGUCUUAUUCACUUUGGCUUCAUUGUUAUCGACGUACGCAAGCAAAAGGACUGGCAUCUUUAAAUUCAAUUGCACUUUUAUCAUAUGAUUAUUGUUUUUUAUGUGGUCUCUAUUUCCCUAAAGGGUCGUUAACACCAGGAACCAUAACUGUAAAGAUAACUGUAACUGUAAACAUAACUGUAACUGUAAUAAUGAAAGCGUCCACACUGACCAAUAGUAACUAAAAUUGCUCCUUGUGUAGAUGAAUGUGAUGGCUAAAAUUUUAUGGAUUCUGAUUUGCUGUCAGCUUAUCGUUCUCAAAAUCGCUCUGAAAUUGGUCUCCAGCGAUAUUGUUCUUCAUUUGUUACCGUUAUAGUUUAUGUGUAGACGACGGCAUUCAUAUUAGCUAGAAUGACACUUUUUAAAAAGUUAUUGUUAUAGUUAUCGUUCUUGGUGUGAAUGGUCCUUCUGUCUAGACUGAUUCAGUUUUGUACAAAUUGGUUAAUGAGAUAUUUUAAUCGCUAACAUUUCUUACUAAUUAUUCGCUAAGUACUUACUUACUAGACUUACUAUUUCUAGAAGCUUUAAGGUACAUUUCUAAGCAGGAAAUGAAUGAAGAUUUGUGAUUACAAUUGGCAUGUUACUGAGAAGACAAUGAAGUUUCAAUUAAAUCAGUUUUAGCACAAUGUUAGAAAUAUAAUAUAAGCUACAUUGCUAGUCUGCGCUUUCUCUGAGAGAUUCUUAAAAUCUACCACUGUUUGCACCUCUAUUUUAGAGGGUGAUUAAAAAUAAUUUAUAUUCUUUUUAAUUUGUAAUAGUUUUUAAAACUAUUAUUUAAACUAUUAUUUAUGGUUUUGACAACCAUAAGGUAAAUGUGAAAUUCCAAUUGUUUUGCACUGGAUUUUAUGUGAAGUACAUAUAAUUUAUUUCUUUUAUUAUAUAUUGUACCUAUAUUUUCAUGCUUGUAUUGUACUUGGGGAGCAUAAAAAUAAUAGUUUAAAU